UGGGGGAUAUUUCAUAUUUCCGCUUCAACCACCACAGGUAGUCCAGCCAGUCGGUCCGUGAGUCAGUCAAUCUAGAUGGAUGUUUGUGUGUGCGCGUCAUCACGUUGGCCUACAGGUGAAGCACAGCUGAAACUGAAGUUACUCGGCCGUUAGAUCGCAGGCUUGUUCCCUCAUUUUGGUUCUUUGGGAUUCCAUUUCAUGUCACUGUCAAAUGACAAACAAUAAGUAAAGUAAAGCAAAACAAAUAUAAAAGAAGGAAUCAGAAAAAUCAAACACAAUGCACAAUGCUCGUAAAAUUGAAACCGAUUCAGUACAUAAAUGAAAAUGAAGUGACAGAACGAAUGGAAUAGCCGAUGUGCUUAAACAUAUGACGCGGAGCAAAAUGACAUAUGGUGAAUCUGGGAAUUCGCGAGAAUUUGCAAGUAAAUUUCUGAAAAAGUUAACAAAAAAUUAAGUAAAAAAUAAACAACAAAUAAAAAAAUAAAAAAAAACAAAAAAAAAAAUAUAAAAAAGUGGGUAAUUGUGUUUAGCACAUUGUUCCUAAUUGCAGUUCUCUUUCUUCAUAUUCUUACCCGUUAAGCGCAAGAAUACUAGAAGAAAGAAUCAAAAUAAAACAAAACAACGCAAAAAACCGCGAAAAAUUGCAACGUGUACGCGGAGAAUUUAUUAGGUUAUUGUGUCUUUUGUGCAAUAAGCGGAAUAUGAAAAAAUUGUUUUGAACUCAAGUCAAAGGAAUCUGUUCGGCAGUUAUCUCUGUCUACCCAUCAGCACGUUGGUCUAGUGCAUCCACGGCAUUUAGUGCGAGCAAGUGUUAAACAUCAAAAGUUCUACUGCCUGCAUUAGUGGCAUGAAGACGGCGUCAUAUCGCAGCAGAUCUAGUGAUGAAGCUCUUGAUGAACAUUUAAAGCUACAGCGCCAACAGGCAAUGCCAAUGACGAUGAAUAACAUGCACAGACAUAUCAGCAGCAACACAGUCGUACCACCAACACCACCUCCACCCGCACCCAUGCGUUUGCGCACCGAUUCGAAUGCGACUAGCAUUUAUGUGAUUGGCGCGGAUGCGUCGACCGAGCACAAUCGGCCUUCGGCCAGCAGCAUAGCACAGUCGGAUAGUAAUCCGGCAUCAAUGGAACGUAGACAACACAAUCGUCUAUCCUGGGUAAAUAUGCAUCGAAGUGGCGACGAUGAUGCGGCGCAACUCGAAAAUGGUAGUGGUAGAGGCGCUGUGAUUAUCACGCCAUCACCGCAAACAACGCGUAGUUACAUAUCGGCAGUAUCAACCAUCACAGCCACAACGGGCACAGGUGCUGGUGGUGGCGGCACAAUAAGAAGUAGGGUUGGUGGAUUUACUGGCGGGAGUGGACAUAUUGGUAAUGGUAAUGGUACAAUUAGCGGGCGUACCACUGCAGCUUCGGGACGCAUUAGCACUAGUGGUGCUACUACCAUCAGCGGUAGCAACAAUACACUAAACGAUAUAAUUUCCGAUUAUCAUAGUCAUGAAGCGGCUAGCGGUAGUGAAUUUCACUAUUCCAAUGCAAUUGUGGCAUCCACACCUCAUAUGAAAAAUCUUUCGAGUAGUGGCAGUUUCAAUAUGGCUAAUGGCAGCACGGUGAAGUUAUUGCCGGUCACGGAAGAUGAUGGUAAUCAACAGACCAAAUGUUCGAUAUUUCGUGGGCUCGUGCUGUGCAUCUGCUUGAAUGUCACUUACGCCAAUAUAGUCCGUUUCCCCAGAGAAUUGGAUAAAUAUGGCUCUUCGUAUUUAAUUCCAUACAUAACACUAUUAUUUCUAGUCGGCUUGCCUAUCAUUCUAUUAGAGAUAUCGGUGGGGCAGUUUCUGGGCCAAAGUGCAGCGCAUACAUGGACCGCCUCGCCUAUAUUUAAAGGCGCCUGCAUCAUCAGCCGUUUUGCGUCAUGGCUAUCGACGAUUUGGGUAUCACUGCAAGCCGUCUUGGCGGUGGCCUACAUCGGCAUGUUUAUCUUCAAUACGAUGCCAUUUCGGGAGUGUGUGGGCAAUUUGAAGUUGGCACCGAAUGGCUACACAGUGACGGGCAACAGCGGUCAAGAAUGUUUACAGCGCACAUUUUUAACACCAUUUUGGGAGAAUCCAAUGUAUUUUGGCAUGUUGGCUGUUGGACUGAUCGGCAUUUGGAUUGUGGUGAUGCUGUGCACUCACAAUGGUCGUUUCUUGCGUCGCAGCCUCUUCUUUUUCGGCAUUCUCGGCUUUGCGCUGCUAUGUUGCCUGACCGGCUGGGAAGUGCACAACUCCUUCCAGCGCUCCUACUUUCCCGAGUUAUGGCCAUUCGAUUCGUCACUCCUACUGGACUCCAACAUUUGGUUCAACGCAUUGAUGCAGGUACUCUUCGCCACGAAUUGCGGUUUUGGCGCUCUACCAGCAGUCACAGGCAAAUUCCUCUACAAAGGUGAUGCCGUACGCACUUCGAUCGUGUAUCUUUGCUUCAAUUUGCUUGUGAAUGCUAUUGCCGUCACACUCUUUAUGGUACAAUUCGACCUCUCGGCUAAUAGUGGCGUAAUGAUUGAGGAACUCAAACCGCUAACCGCCGUGUACGAUCGCGUCCUAUACGACCGGCCCAGCAAUGAGCUAAUCGCGCGUAUCAUACCCAUACUAAUCUAUUCGCUGAUCGUGAUUUCCGCCAUUGUAGCAACUACAGUGUCCAUCUACACGGUUACACGCUUGGUGCCCCGUCAUCCGAAUUACGUCAUCAGCUUGGUGGCGCUUGUUAUGACGAUCAUAUCGCUGGCGGCGCCGAAAUUCAUUAUAGCGCGCAUUUUGGAUAUACGAGUCGUCGGCACAAUCUUAAUUACAGCGCUUGUCUUUGAGCUGAUUGCGAUCUGCUGGAUUUAUGGCGUCAAAAAUAUCUACACCGAUUUGGAAUUCUCAAUUGGUCGGCCGAUCUUCAAAGGUUGGAUGUGCUUGUGGUGUAUUUGUCCAGCCAUACUUACCGCUGCGCUGGUGUGGUGGUGUUCCGAUGACGAUCAGUAUGAUUUGCUGGCAGAAUAUGUGCCGCGUUGGGCGCCUAUUCUACUCGCAUUAGCAGUGACUUUUAUAAUUGCUUGUGUGCAAAUAUUCCGGCAAGUUGAGUAUAAUUUCUUCGGUAUGAUAUGCGAAGCAUCGAAGCCGGCAAAAGAGUGGGGGCCAACUGAUCCAUUGGCGCGUCAUGCCUGGAAGCAGUGGCGUUCAGUGUGCCAAGAUACUGGCCGUCGUGAUUUCACGCUCCGCAGACGUGGUACACGCGACUACACGCACUCGAUCAAGAAGGGGCAAUAUUCCAACUCCGGUAAAUAUGCCAAUGGACAUGUCACGCAGCAGAAUUGGAAGCAAUCAACCACCGGUAAUAGUUCGCCCAAUUAUAGUGGCUCCAUGUUUGGAGAUUCGGCAAUCGAAGAGGAUAUAAGCGUAGAUAAGUUUCCAGUGGUAGCGCAGCAAUUUAUGCCCUUCCAAAGUAGCGAUGGCAAACCGUUGCGCUAUUCAAACCGCUCACGCGCCCAACCACAACAGCGCACCAGCGCACAACAGCAGCAGCAUCAACAUAGGGAGCAGCAAAGACAACAAACACAACAUCAACAUCAGCAUGAACAUAACGAAGAUGAAGAAUUGCCUUUGCCUUCACCACCACCACCUCCCGCUCAUGUGCAUGCAACGCGUGCGCCCUCCAUGCACAUAGAGAAACAUCGGGAGAUUGUCUACAUUAGAAGACUAUCGGAAGAUGGGCGCCACGCUACACGUAUAGAGAUAACACCGUCCAAUGAGUCGAUAACAUAUGGCAGCACGAACGCCAUCACUGCCAAUGGAGGUGCGCGUAAUCCUAUGAGCCGUGUCAGUGGCAGUGGUUCGCAAGGUGUCGCUCAUAUAAAGCGCUCUUCCAGUGCCAGCAUGGCCAAACACAAUCGACACUCAGUCGCAAGUGUAGGUGUCGGUGGUGGAGGAGCUGUGGCAGCGAGCUUAGGAGCCAAAUUACCACCACCAAAUUCGAACGGCAGCGCGGAUCACAUCUGCUGGCGGAAGUUCACCGUAAAUCCGCAAGAAUACUCCACGGAGCUGUGAGGAGCAUGCGAAAAAAACAAAAAUAAUAAAUAAGAAAUGCAUACAUACAUACAUACACACAUGCAACAAUCUUAUAUAUAUAUAUAUACAACAAAAGACUUUUCCGUACCCAAGACAAAUUCGUUAUAAAAUAAUUGUAAUUAUAAAAUAAUUUAGGUUGAUAAGAGACGUUUAGUAGUUGUAGUUGUAGUAGUGAAAACCAUAAGCACUUAGACAAUUCCAAAUUGAAUUAGACUCGUCGCAUAGUAAUUUUUUAAAUUAAAAUAAAAGAAAAUAAAUAUAAAAUACCUGUAAUACUAAAUAUAUAUAAGAACUACGAAUAAAUUGUAAAUAAUACCCAAUUAAAAUUUAUGAAAAGAUAUUUUUGUAAGCUUUAAAUGAGGAAGUGCGAAAUAAAAUGACUAACACGAAUAAUAAUUACAAUGAAUAUUACACGAAACGCUUUUGUUGAUAGAUCAUUUGUGGAAAUAACUGGCGCGAGCGCUUGAGAAUAAAACUACAUUUGUGUACAAUAACACGAAGGAGAAUUGAUACGACAAAAAAAACAAUAUAUAUAUAUAUGAAUAAGUAAAUUAAUAUAAUAAUUUUAACAGGGAAUUCAAGAUAACAAAUUUAUUAAAUUGUUCUAAUCAAAAUAUUAGCUUUAGUGCUCACAAAAGUAUGCAAAGAAAAACUUCUAAAUCUCUCAUGUGUGAAUUUCUUGUUUCAUACAGAACAUUGAACGUUUAUCAGAUGAAUUAAAAUUAUGUAUGUGAACCGAAAUAAGUUUUACUAACAAUUAAAAAAAUACUUAUGGACCUUUAAAUUAAGCAGCAAAUGUAUAUUGAAUUUAUAUUUGUUGAGCCAGACCAAUGACUGGAUUUUUUGUCGGCUGAUGUAGCUGAAGAAUACAACGAAAAACAAUAUGAUAUAUGGUAUAUAGCUACGAGGAAAUUAAAUAAAAGGAGAAAUAUUUUGAAACAAA